AUGGAAGCAUCUCAUUUCACCGAAAUCCCCCCUUUCCGCCCCGCAGCUGCCGGCCGGAGCUUUCCCCGGAGGAAGCGAGAUGAGGAGCCGCCGUCGUACCUGAAGUGGGUGGCUUUUGAAGGGAAGCUGCCCGCCAACGCCAUCUCCAGCUGGAACAAGUACGCCGAGAGGACGGAGUACGUUUGCUCAACGUCGGUGCUCGGCUGCAACACCGGUGCCUACGUCCCCGACCGAGGUCCCUUCUGCUACUUCCCCUACGGAGAAUGGGAGUGGAAGACGCACGACUUCAAGGUGUUGGUCAACGUGGGAGACUUUGAGGUGUUGGAUUGGGUGGAUGACUCCUUCGGCGGUGUGCCCGAAAAUGCCGUGGUGGGCUGUCCGUCCGUGGAUGUCUUCGUUGGGAGGAACGACUAUGGCUUGGGCAAAGUCUCCAAAGACCAGAGGGCGGCCUUCAUGAUGGUGGACGGGGAGGAGGUUUGGUACAAGUGGUACCAGGUCUUGGUGGUCAAGAAGGGUCCAGCAAACGUCACCAUCUCCGACGUCCGCUACAACACGAGCGGCGUGGUGGAGCACGGGGAGGACGUCACCCUGACGAAGACCGUGGUGAGGAACGAGGGCUGCCACGGGAUGCGUAAAGCCGUCACCUUGGAGGAGACCACCGAGACGGAGCACGACUGGAACAUGGACCAGAGGGUCUUCGCCACCGUUCGCGGGGUGUUGCGAGCUGCCAUCUUGACCUUCAACAGGACGGGCUGGGGCAUCACCAGCGUCACCGACAUCCCUUGGGUGGGGGGAGCCAGCGCCAGCGAGUACGUUGUCCACACCCACGUGGUGGAGGAGGAGGUGCGUCCCCGCACGGCCUGCGCGGUGGCCCUGGAGGGACGCCGCUUGGAUGUCCACGUCCCCUUCACCGCGCAGCUGACCCGUGAUUUUGGCGACCAUCAACCGCACCGGGUGGCCGUCAUGGGGUGGGCUCGCAGCCGGGCGGUGGUGGGCGUCGGGGCCAGCGUCAAGGGGUGCUGGACCAUCGCUGACGCCCCACCGUGCCGGGCGUAG